GCUUUAUCGCUGUCCCAUGAUUGUCCAAUACUUUUAAAAGGUGAAAUAAUUAGUGCUUUUUGUUCCAACAAAACCAAUGACGCACUGAAUGCUUAGUAUUUUAUAAAGCGUUUCGGCGUGACGAAGGCGAAGGUAUCACGACGAGUCCGCAUCCUAAUAUUAAAUUUCUGUAAGGCGUUUAAUCGUGCAUCGAUCUCACAAUGAGUCAUGAGAAGGAUUACAAUCGUGAAACGAAUUUUUCCGGGGGCUACAUCCACGAUCAUCAAGACAAGGAUCACGAUGUAAAUGUAAAUCUACUCUGUAAGAUGUCAAACAAAUUUCCAUGGCAGUUUGUCAAAUCGAGCUAUUUCAAUGCAAGUUCACCCGGUACUGUAUCUUCGGGGAGCAGCACAAAUUCUCAUUGUUGUCGUCAAUCACCAGACGAUCUCAGCGUUGACUCCUUAAUCAACAGUUUACUGCAAGUCGUAAAUGGCGAUAUCCUGAAUGGAUCGACUUCCUCGCAGUUCUCUCAAACUGGAAAUUCCAUCAAUAACGAAUGCAAAGAUUGCCUUGACACAAUUUGCGACUCGUGUUCCGCGGGUCAAUUUUCGAAUACGACGGAAUUAAACCACGAGGAUGAGCAUAAUCAAAUGCUAGCCAUACUUACAGGAAUACCAAGUCCUCCGAUAAUCAACAUACCAAAUUUGAAUUCUACAGAACUACCUCUAUUCUGCAACGUGCAUCACGACGCUAACAAAUUUUAUUGUCAAACUUGUAGUAAACCUCUUUGCAGCGAGUGCGGAAUUCAUCAUCAUCAUGGACACAUAACGAUAAAUUUAAUGGAAGCUGUCGAGGGGGCUGGAAUGCAAGCGAAUAAAGUAUUAAAAGAGGCUAAACUUGGAAUCACGGCUCUCAGGGAGGAACUGGAUGCUGUACAAAUAGCAGCAGAAAUUUUGGAACAAAAAGCAAGGCAAGCGACAGCGGACGUGAUGUUGUGCGUAAGAAGAGUAGCAUCUGCUUUGGAAACGAGGGAGAAGGAGUUGUUAAGUAAAAUUGAGAAAGCUCGACUUCUUAAAUUUGCCGCUUUAAAAGCGAGAGACGAAGGACUAAGAAACGGAAUCUCCCGAUUGUCGCGAGCUGCUGAUAAGCUUAGCGAAGCAAUGGAGUCUAAAACACUUGCUAGUAAUCCACUGAACUUGUUGCUUACUAAGGACAUGGCAUCAGCCGAGUUAUUUAUUAAAUAUAUUAUUAACAAAGAAAGUGUAAUGAAUAUUUUAGAUUCAGUAUAUUAUUUUCGUUAAUCAUAGGUUUUUCAGAUUCGUCAAAGUCGACAAUAUCUUCCCUCGCAAGAAGAAAACUGGAUUUCUUUCAACGGUUUGGAGGGGACGACACUUAAUGCUAUUGCAAAUCUUGGAGCUGUUGUAGUGAAUAAUCCGGGCCCUAUAGGCGAUCGUCGUGCCGUAACAGGCCGUGGAAAUUCGCCUCAAAUAUUUCCCAGGCAGAGACUUUCGAUCUCGCCGGCUUCAGGACCACGAGGAAGGCCAAUCCCUUCGAACACGUUUCCGGUUAAAGUUAAGAUAAAUCGCAACUCCGAUUUGUCGGUGAAGCCGUUGAAAAUCAUCGGGAACGACGGAGAUCCACAAAAUAAUCUUUGCCGACCGUGGGGUGUAGCGUGUGAUAGAGAAGGGCACAUAGUGGUCGCCGAUAGAUCGAAUAAUCGCAUACAGAUAUAUCGACAAGAUGGUUUCUUCGUGAGAAGAUUUGGCAGCCAUGGUACCGCGCCAGGGCAAUUCGAUCGUCCGGCUGGCGUAGCAGUCGAUUCGCGGCGACGUAUCAUCGUAGCUGAUAAGGAUAAUCAUCGUAUACAGGUACUGACAAUGGAAGGCCUAUUUCUUUUAUAUUUCGGCGAGAAGGGAUGUCGUUGCGGGCAAUUUAAUUACCCCUGGGACGUAGCUGUGAAUUCUGAAUGCCAAAUAGUCGUGUCCGACACGAGGAAUCAUCGUGUCCAAUUGUUCAGCCCGGAGGGUGUUUUUUUACGAAAGUACGGCUACGAGUCGACUCCGAACAUGUGGAAGCAUUUCGACUCGCCGCGCGGGGUGGCGUUUAAUCCGGAAGGCAAUGUUGUUACAACGGAUUUCAAUAAUCACAGAAUCGUGAUAAUCGAUGCUGAUUUUAUGCACGCUAGAAUUUUCGAGUGCGAAUGCACAGGUAGUUCGAAACAGUUCCUGAGGCCACAGGGUUUAGUGAUCGACGACGACGGUAACAUUAUUAUAGCCGACUCUAGGAAUCACAGAAUACAAGUAUUCGAUUCGGCUGGUAUAUUAAAAUGGCGAUUCGGUAGCUAUGGUAAAGGCGAGGACGAAAUGGACAGACCAUCGGGUAUCGCUUUAUGCCCGGAUGGUAGAAUCGUAGUUGUAGAUUUUGGUAAUAAUCGAGUUCUUCUUAUUUAGAUUGGUUGAUUGGCAUAUGAGAAUAAAAUUUUAUACGUGUUGA